AUGAGCUUGCAGGAGUUUUUCCAAGAUGAGAGUAUGUACGGUUUUUUCUUUCAAAAACAAUCCAGGACUUUACUAACUCCUUCCCUUGUGCAGCAUUUGGCGGAUCAUGGGCGGAUACAGACGUUGACAUGGCGUCGAUUUCGGUCCCCAUCGAGAAACCGUACGGAUAUGACGAUGGGUUUUCGCGAGGAGGAUCGAUGCCUGGAAGCAUGGGGCCUCCCUACAUUGUCAAGCUUGUAAAUCUACCAAUCACAGCAAACGAUUCGUUUAUCCAGGACUUGUUCCAAAGCAGGUUCACGCCGUUUGUCAAGUUCAAGAUCUUGACUGACCCUUCGUCCAACAUCUUGGAAACGCACGUUAUCAGACAGGUGGCAUUUGUGGAGCUAGGGUCGGCCCAGGAUGCUUCCAAAGUGUUGAAGUGGCAGGACUUGUACUACAAGGGCAACAGGAGGGUGGUGGUGGAGGUUGCAGACUUUAACGAUUUCCGCUAUUGUCUACAAUUCAACGAGGAACACCGUGCGGAAAUCCAACAAAUCCAACAUGACUUCAUAGCGCAAAAGCAGCACCAGAGGCAGCCCCGGCACAUGGCUUUGCUAGAUGAGCUUGACCAGCGAGAAGCGCUGGGCGCACAUUAUCACGGACUGAUGGGGUACCAUCACCCUCAUUAUCAGCAAAACUACAAUCACGCGAGAACACCAGAGAAACACUAUGCAUCGAUGCGCCAGGGCCACGGUGGGCCUAGCAGUUUUGAGACCUCGCCGCCGGUGCAUAAACCGUCAUUACCAAUAUUGGGCCAGCAUUUAAAUUAUCACGAACAAUCCAGUUUGCUGCAGCCCCGGCCUGCGACCGCGACCACUCCUACUACCGCACCAGCGCCCAAGCCUAAGCCUAACCCUUUUGGUGCUGCCAAGCCCGUUGACACGGUAUCGAAGCAAAUAGAAAUCGAAAAGAAAUUGAUCAAUUUAAAUAAAACAACAGUGCAGACACUUGGGGACGAUCCUGACCUCGAUGUCGAAAGCACCAUCCAAAAAUUCCACGAAAGCGGGGCAGCGCAUCCCAGAAGAGAAAGCUUUAAUCGAAGAAUGUCCUCAGAGAGAAGAACAUCUGCUAUUCUAAGGAGACUGUCGCAAGAACAACCGCCAUCAAAUACCGAACCUCAAAAAAUAUCAACUAGUGAGCCAAGUCUGUCUACUGCUGUGCCCUUGACUGAAGCUCCAUUACCUCGAAGCGACUACGCAGCCAACGGCACUGGUAAAUCGCUUGCCCAAUUAUUAAGCGAGAAAUCCGAUAGCAUGUCGCAACUGAUGGGGAAGAAUACUUCGCGAGACACUACUCCCAAGCCCGUUGUUGCCAAGCCAAUAAUUUUGAAAAAAAAGGCGAUAUCAUCGCCGCCUGCGGUCAAAAUGGACCUCAACGCAAAGGAAGCCGACGACUCGAGCACCAAGGAAACAAAUGGAAAUCACCACCAUGAACAAGAGCAGAGUGCUAGCGUGGAAAAAAUUGAUCCCCAGUCCCAUCAACCAGACUCGAAAGGAGCUGUUGAUCCCGAGCCAGCACAGUGGAAACUGAAACAAUCAAAAUAUCCAAAGCAGGACAAACCAAGAAAGCCGCUGCAAUCAAGUGCGACCAAUUCUGCAGUGCAAGAAGUGCAGGAGAAACUUGGAAAAGUGGCAACUGAUGACCUCAAGGCGGACACCAACACCAACACCAACACAAACACAAACACCAGCACCGGUGGCAAGUAUAGACCUCCAAAGCCCAAUAGACCUAAAAGAAAAGACGACGAUAGACCCAAUUUUAAAAACUUGGAUCAAUUAGUCCAGAAAAACGAAAAACGAGGCCAUCAACACCCAGCAUCAUCAUCCACGGAUUCAACGCUCGAUAAGUCAAGAACGACAGCAGCAGCAACAACAGCAGCAGCUCCACUUCCACAGCCCCAACAACCACAACCACCACAGCCACCAUCGUCAUCAUCGGUCCCAGGCCACCACCAACCAAACACCGCUAAGCCCGAGAAAGCAAACGAUGACGACUUCAAUCUCCCCAUCCAGGACGUGAUUGCCGGUCCCGCGGAUCUCGAAGAACACAUGCCUCGGAAAUUCAGAUCAUUUCAACAACAAAGACACUCAUUGCUGACGUCGUCAUCGCCCGCCAUCCCCUCGACCCCAAUCUCGCUAGGUGGUGACAUCAUGGCUAAACCGAGGGCAGUCUCGGCUGAGCUUGUAUCCUUGGUUCCUCUCAGCGAUGCACCAUCACCGCCACCACCACCGCCAACAACAACAACAACAACAAUAACUGCAUCAAAAACCGCGUCUGAGAAAGAACCUCGCGCGACUAGUGGUGACCUGGCUGUGAAGGCCAAAGCGCGCGACGCAAAUGGCGCGGCGCCCAAAGUGGAAAGCAGCAACGCUGAUGAUGACCAUGAAUCAGCACCAGGCGAGGAGAGUGGUGAAGUUGCAGAUGGCGGAAGCGCCGAACGUGGACGCGGCAGAGGUGGCAGAGGUGGCAGAGGCGGCCGGGGUGGAAGUAGAGAUGGAGGAGCAUUUAGAGGCAGGGGAGGCCGCGGGCGUGGGCGUGGUCGUGGUCGUGGACGAGGUCGCGGCGACUUUAGCGGUGGCGACAGGGGCGAUCCCACGAGCGACAACAAACCUGCAAACGGGCUCUUUCCUAACAAAAAGUACAUUCGCCCUAAACCGAAACCCAAAAAUGGAGAUACCGAUUGA